AUGGAGAUUAAUUCAACAAAUCAAGAAAAUCAUAGUGUUUUCACAAAGUGGUGGAACAAACUUAAGGAUAUUCCAAGAAAAAUUCAAAAAAAAAUUGAAAAAAUUGCUAAAAACACAAAGCAAAUUGGCAAAGAUGAUCCAAGAAAAAUUUGGCAUGCAUUUAAAGUGGGAUUAGCUCUCACUUUAGUUUCUUUGUUCUAUUACACUGAACCAUUAUUUCAUAAUUUUGAUCAACCAGUAAUGUGGGCUAUCCUGACUGUGGUGGUUACUUUUGAAUUCACCGCUGGUGCAACCAUAUCAAAGAGCAUAAAUAGAGGAAUUGGUACAGCCCUAGCUGGUGCAUUUGGUCUUGGAGCUAAAUAUUUAGCUGAAUUAAUUGGGAGAGAAGGUCCAAAUCCUAUAGUUCUUGGAGUUUUGGUCUUUAUUGUAGGAUUUGGAAGUGAAUAUUUUCACACUUCUGAGAUAAAAAGUGUUGAAAUUAACAACAAUAAUGAAAAAGGACUUCAUGAAGCUUUAUUAAGUAUUAUUGGUUCUAAGGCCAAUGAAGAAUCUUUGGCAAACUUAGCAUGGUGGGAACCCCCUCAUGGAGGUUUCAAGUUUAAUCAUCCAUGGAAACAAUACUUGAAGAUUGGUAGUCUUGUUAGAAAAUGUGCUUGCCAUCUUCUAGCUCUUAAUAGCCACAUAAACUCUAAAUCUCAGGCACCAAAUGAAUUUGAGAGGAGGAUAGAAGAAGUAUGCAAAAAAAUGAUUAUGGAAUCUAAAAAUGCAUUAAAAGAAUUUGCAUUGUCCAUUAAAACUAUGGCACAACCAAUUUCCUCUAUAAGUAACACAAAAAAUGUCAUUGAUGACCUAAAACUCACACUAGGCACUUCAAAAACCUUUUUUCGAUACGAUGAAUCGCGCGUCAUGGACUGUGUCCCCACCGCGUCCGUUGUGUCCUUACUCAUCGCCGUCACUAAAUGUGUCGACGAGAUCUCUGAGGCUAUCGAGGAGCUUUCGAGCAAAGCAUGUUUUGAGAAAAAGAGUAUGUCAUCGACAACAACAUCACGAUCGCAUCGGCCCCGAAUAUUGCACCGUGGAACCGUGCAUCCUACGGUGGAAGAUGAGAUGGAUGGUGAUGAUUUUGUUACGAUCGAGAUAGGUGACAAUGUAGAAUCAAAGGGGGAAGUGGUAGUAGAAGAGGUGAAUCAAGUGAAUAAUACAAUAAAUGCAACAAAAGAGGAAUCUUUUGUCAUUUGGAUACGUGGAAGCACCGCAAUGGCAAUAGUGGAAGAGAUGAAAACGCCAAAAAAGAUCGAAGAUUUUAUGGACUUAGUCGAUAUAAAGCUUUAUAACAGCAUUUCAUUUGUCGAAUCAACAAAAGGAGUACUAACAGUCCUAGAGGGGGCGAAUCAAGUGAAUAAUACACUAUUUACGACAGAAGGAGAAUCUAUUGUUAUCGGGAUACGUGGAAACACGACAACAACAAAAGUGGAAGAGAUGGAAAUGACAGAGAAGAAAGUAGAGCUAACAAACUUAACAGAUAUAAAGUUUAAUAAUAGCAUUCAAUUUCUCGAAUCUAUAUUGAUGACCGUAACAACAAUAGUAGAGGAGAUGAAAACGACAGAAGAAAAGGAGACUUCGUAA